CUUAACCUAGGAGCUUGGAAUGUUCGUACGACCAACGACAGUGACUCUUCAAUAAGACCGGAGCGAGCAACUGCCCUCAUCUGUCGUGAAUUAGAGAAAGCAAGCAUCGACAUCUGUGCUCUAUGUGAGGUUCGACGACCUGGCACAAGAAACAUAGGCGAAAGGAGUCAUACAAUUUUCUGGAGUGGAGGAGAAGAGAGAACAGCGGGCAUUGGUUUUGCUGUCUCCAACUGGCUAGCUGCUCAAGGUAUUAGCCCUACACCAAUCAGCGACAGACUCAUGUCAAUGCGCAUACAGCUUAAAGGUGGCGACAAUCUAACAUUCAUCAGCGUUUAUCCACCAGCCAUACAAAGA